UAAAAUAGACCUGCAAACGAAAUAAGAAAGGCGCGACUUCCACCGCCUUGACCGGUGUCUCGCUGUCCCCCAAACUCCUCCACGGGCGCCCAAUUCAUCCAUCCAAAGAGAGCUAAAAGAAAGAGGAGGCCACCACCCCGCCAGUAUAUUAGUAUUGAGAGAGAGAGAGAGAGAGAGAGAGAGAGAGGAAGGAAAGGAGGUAGAGAAAGAGGGGGCGAAAUUGGGAGAAAAGAGGAUGCCGUCGGAUGCGGAGGAGGAGUAUCUGUUCAAGGUGGUGAUAAUCGGGGAGUCGGCGGUGGGGAAGUCGAACCUGCUGUCGCGGUACGCGCGGGACGAGUUCAACCUGCACUCCAAGGCCACCAUCGGGGUGGAGUUCCAGACCCAGACCCUGGACAUCGACGGCAAGGAGGUCAAGGCCCAGAUCUGGGACACCGCCGGCCAGGAGCGAUUCCGCGCCGUCACCUCCGCCUAUUACCGCGGCGCCUUCGGUGCCCUCGUCGUCUACGACAUCUCCCGCCGCUCCACCUUCGACUCCGUCUCCCGCUGGCUCCACGAGCUCACCACUCAUUCAGAUACAACUGUUGCAAGGAUGCUGGUUGGUAAUAAAUGUGAUUUGGCAAAUAUUAGGGAAGUGUCUGUUGAGGAAGGUAAAAGCCUUGCAGAAGCAGAAGGGAUGUUUUUCAUUGAGACUUCAGCCCUUGAUUCCACAAAUGUAAAGACAGCAUUUGAGAUUGUUAUUAAGGAGAUCUACAAUAAUGUCAGCAGAAAGGUCUUAAACUCAGAUUCCUACAAAGCGGAAUUAUCACUCAACAGCGUAAGCAUCACUGGCAAUGGAACUGAUGAAUCAAAGCAAACAACCAGGAAAUUCUCUUGCUGUUAGUUUCACUCGUUGGUUUUAUUCAAGUUUUGGGAGCCUAAAGGCUUUAUCAUGGUUGGCCAUAAAAAUACAUCAGCCAAAUUAGUUUUUGUUUGUUACAUUGCUGGAAGUGUAUUCAUACGUCUCCAAGAUUACAAAAUAAGAAAAUGUUGUUAUUGGAGAUAAUUCUUUGUGCCAUAUAGAAAAAACAUGAAACUGUAAUGGUUUAAUAAAGUGGUUAAUAUUGUGAAACUGCGUUAACUGAA